UCAUAUUCGACCCACAUAUUUUACGUUUAUCGAAGUUUAGGAUAGUUUCAUACCGGACCAGAAUAUUUGGGCCUGGACCAAGAGAGGCCCAUAAAAUAGAGAGAAGCUUAACGUCAAGAAGACGCGGAGUAAUCUAAACCAAACAGCUUAUCUCGAGUUCGUCGGUCUCAGGUGGGCAGUGAUUAUAACUUCGUCUCCGUGUCUGUUCAAGCUCCCAUUCUUGUGGCCUUCACGCUUCAGGAACAAAGACCAGUAUCUCUCUGAAAGACUACUUCUCGGAAAUUUUCGUCUCCAUGGCACCCGUGAGGGGGAUUCUUGGCUUGCAAAGGGCAGUGUCCAUUUGGAAGGAAAGUAACAGACUGACUCCAGCUUUGAGAUCAUUCAGCACUCAAGCUGCAUCCACUUCCACCACUCCACAGCCUCCUCCACCUCCUCCGCCUCCGGAAAAGACUCAUUUCGGUGGUCUCAAGGAUGAAGAUCGGAUUUUUACUAAUCUCUAUGGUCUGCAUGACCCAUUUCUCAAAGGCGCGAUGAAGAGAGGUGAUUGGCAUAGGACCAAAGAUUUGGUGCUCAAGGGUACUGAUUGGAUUGUCAAUGAAAUGAAGAAAUCUGGACUUCGUGGACGUGGUGGUGCUGGUUUCCCUUCUGGUCUUAAGUGGUCCUUUAUGCCUAAAGUUUCUGAUGGCCGUCCCUCCUAUUUGGUUGUCAAUGCUGAUGAGAGUGAGCCUGGAACUUGUAAAGAUAGGGAGAUCAUGCGUCAUGACCCUCACAAAUUGUUGGAAGGGUGUUUGAUUGCUGGUGUUGGAAUGAGAGCUAGUGCUGCGUAUAUUUACAUCAGGGGUGAAUAUGUGAAUGAGCGUUUGAAUCUAGAGAAGGCUAGAAGAGAAGCGUAUGCAGCUGGUCUCUUGGGGAAGAAUGCAUGUGGUUCUGGUUAUGAUUUUGAAGUUUAUAUCCACUUUGGUGCUGGUGCGUACAUUUGUGGUGAAGAGACUGCGCUUCUUGAAAGCCUUGAAGGGAAGCAAGGAAAACCUAGGUUGAAGCCUCCGUUCCCUGCUAAUGCUGGUUUAUAUGGUUGUCCCACAACUGUUACCAAUGUGGAAACAGUGGCUGUUUCGCCUACCAUUUUAAGGCGUGGACCUGAGUGGUUUUCUAGUUUCGGUAGGAAGAAUAACGCUGGGACAAAGCUCUUUUGUAUAUCAGGCCAUGUAAACAAGCCAUGCACGGUGGAAGAGGAGAUGAGUAUACCUCUCAAGGAACUGAUUGAGAGGCAUUGUGGAGGUGUUAGGGGUGGAUGGGACAAUCUACUUGCUAUCAUCCCUGGUGGUUCAUCUGUUCCUCUGAUCCCUAAGAACAUUUGCGAGGAUGUGCUGAUGGAUUUCGAUGCGCUCAAGGCUGUCCAAUCAGGGUUAGGAACUGCAGCAGUCAUUGUGAUGGAUAAAUCAACCGAUGUUGUGGAUGCAAUUGCAAGGCUCUCUUACUUCUACAAGCAUGAAAGCUGUGGGCAGUGCACUCCUUGCAGAGAGGGAACAGGUUGGCUUUGGAUGAUCAUGGAGAGAAUGAAAGUUGGCAAUGCAAAGCUGGAAGAGAUUGAUAUGCUGCAGGAGGUAACCAAACAGAUCGAAGGACACACAAUCUGUGCAUUGGGUGAUGCAGCUGCAUGGCCUGUGCAAGGUCUGAUAAGACACUUUAGGCCAGAGCUCGAGAGAAGGAUCAGGGAACGCGCUGAAAGGGAGUUGCUACAGGCUGCUGCUUAAGUACCUUGUUAACCAGAGGGAGUUUGCUAUUAUUCUCCAUGGAAAUAAAAUCUGAAUGAACAACUAGUAACGGUUUUGGGAUGCAAAGCUACUUCAGAAGGAGAAGAAGGUAAUGUAAUUUGUUUGAAUGGUUAAUGUUAAAACUCUCUUAAAGUUGUAUCAGAAAGAGCGCGAUUUGCUCUUUUGCAUUACUCUACUUUCUUUAUUGUUUGCUUGUUAUGUUUAUUCGAGUAUGAAAGCACAUUUUGGGAACAACCAAAGAAACCCUUUUCAUGUUUGAAAUAAAGAAUGCUCCUUUUUGGGUUUAUAAGUA